GCAUGUGAAUAGAGGGGGAAAAGUGUUUCACCAACCUCCGCAGUUGGUUUGGCAUGGACUCACACAUGGCACCUACAUUCUGGCCCUACGAUUUCCUCUCUCUCUCUCUCUCUCUCUCUCUCUGUCUCUGAUUAGGGAGGUUGGUGAGGGUUGAGCAGGCGUACAUGGCACCGCGACAGUCUAUCCUUUAGGCUUGACGUGCGCACCCACCCCCGCGCUCCCACCAACUCCCAACUUGUCUGUCAUUGUCCACUUCGUUGGUUGGUGGACCGAGCGACCCGAAGCUAGCUGCCCAAAUCCAUUAGAGGGAAAGCUAAUUUGAGAGAGAGAGAGAGAGAGAGAGAGAGAGAGAGAGGAUGGCGCAAAUUAGCGAAAUGGCAACUGGGUUUCAGAACAGGCAUGUUUUGCCAAAUCUUCCCAAGACCCACAAUCCCAAAUGGCCUCAUUCCCUCUUCUUGGGAUCAGAGCUCAAAGGUUUCGCCGGUUCCCGGUGUUUGAAGCAGGAGAUGUUCGUCGCCAAUUCUGCUCUUACUGUUAGGACACCUUUUAGGGUUUCAGCUUCAGUUGCCGCAGCUGAGAAGCCCUCAACAGCUCCAGAAAUUGUCUUGCAACCCAUCAAAGAGAUCUCCGGCACUGUCAAGUUGCCCGGUUCCAAGUCACUGUCGAACCGAUUUCUCCUUCUCGCCGCUCUUGCUGAGGGAACAACUGUAGUGGACAACUUGUUGAACAGUGAUGAUAUCCAUUAUAUGCUGGGCGCACUGAAAACCCUUGGUCUACAUGUAGAAGAAGACAGUGCAAACAGAAGAGCAAUUGUGGAAGGCUGUGGUGGUCAAUUUCCAGUGGGUAAAGAAUCAAGAGAUGAGAUUCAACUUUUCCUAGGAAAUGCUGGGACCGCAAUGCGUCCAUUGACAGCUGCAGUUAUUGCUGCUGGUGGAAAUUCAAGUUACGUACUUGAUGGGGUCCCCCGGAUGAGAGAGAGACCAAUUGGGGAUUUGGUCACAGGUCUUAAGCAGCUUGGUGCAGAUGUUGAUUGUUUUCUUGGCACAAACUGCCCCCCUGUUCGUGUAAUUGGAAAGGGAGGCCUUCCAGGAGGAAAUGUGAAGCUCUCUGGUUCUAUUAGUAGUCAGUACUUGACUGCUUUGCUCAUGGCAGCUCCCUUGGCUCUAGGAAAUGUGGAGAUUGAGAUUACUGAUAAACUAAUUUCCAUUCCUUAUGUUGAAAUGACUUUGAAGUUGAUGGAACGCUUUGGGGUUACUGUGGAGCAUAGUGAUAACUGGGAUCGGUUCUUUAUUCCUGGCGGUCAAAAGUACAAAUCUCCAGGAAAUGCAUUUGUUGAAGGUGAUGCUUCUAGUGCUAGUUACUUUCUGGCUGGUGCUGCAGUCACUGGUGGAACUAUCACUGUUGAAGGUUGUGGGACAAACAGUUUACAGGGUGAUGUAAAAUUUGCUGAGGUUCUUGAGAAAAUGGGUGCAAAAACUACCUGGACAGAGAACAGUGUCACUGUAACAGGACCAUCCCGAAAUUCUUCUGGCAUGAAACACCUUCAUGCCGUUGAUGUCAACAUGAACAAAAUGCCUGAUGUUGCCAUGACUCUUGCUGUGGUUGCACUUUUUGCUGAUGGUCCCACUGCCAUUAGAGACGUGGCCAGUUGGAGAGUUAAGGAGACGGAACGGAUGAUUGCUAUAUGCACCGAACUUAGGAAGCUGGGAGCAACGGUUGAAGAAGGUCCUGAUUACUGUGUGAUUACGCCACCAGAGAAACUGAACACGGCAGCAAUAGACACGUACGAUGAUCACCGGAUGGCCAUGACAUUUUCUCUUGCUGCUUGUGCGGAUGUUCCAGUCACCAUAAAGGAUCCUGGUUGCACCCGCAAAACCUUCCCAGAUUACUUUGAUGUCCUCCAGAGGUUGACAAAACAUUGAUGGGUCUUUGACAUAAAAAUAAAAACUCAAAGAGGAAAGAGUUAUGCUGGCAACAAUGCUUAUGAUAUUUUUGAGUGUAUUAUUUUCUAGCAAAACUCUGGAGAGCAACUUCACUGUCUCAAGUCUAUUUUUUAAAAUGAUGCAAGCGUAACGUGUACCAUUUUGAAAGAAGUCUUAUUGGCGGUUGGUGGUGGUGGUGGUGGUGAUGAUGAUAUUUCAGUUUGGUGCGGGACUCACAUUUGCAGCCUAUUUUAGGGAUUGUAAUAUUAUUGGGUAUUUCUUGAUUUAUUUUUUUAAUAUGAGAGUUGAGAAAGAAUA